CCUGGCGGACAGGUGAACCGAGUGGUCGGAGGUCUUCGUGGUACCCGUGGCGGUACCGCUAACCCGCCUCUCAACUCUUUCACUUGACCAACAAACGGACGUUUACAUAAUUUCCUGUUUACGCUGAGGGGAGGGCGCGUGCGGAGCCGUCAGACUCCACUUUACCAGAGCGGGCAGACGAGGCUCCAGAAGAGAUGAGCGCGUUGCAUGAGAGCAAGGACAGAUUGGAGUCUGGAGUGUCCUGCUGUCAUCCCGUGAAGACUGACAAGUCCAUCGACGUCCCUCCGGUCGUCAGUGAUGGACCUGCACCCUCAGACACAGCAUCAGACUCUGGAGUGUCCGGCUGUCAUUCCGUGAAGUCCAUCGAGGUCCCUCCGUUCUUCAGUGAUGGACCUGCACCCUCAGACACAGCAUCAGACUCUGGAGUGUCCGGCUGUCAUUCCGUGAAGUCCAUCGAGGUCCCUCCGUUCUUCAGUGAUGAACCUUCAGAGUCACGGACACAUGGGAAACGUCCACCAACGAAGAGGAGUCAGGUUUCUGAGGAGGAGCAGCUGUCCUGCUGUGCUUCAUGUCAGGACGUCCUGAAGGAUCCAGUCUCUACCAGCUGUGGACACUGGUUCUGCAGGCGGUGCUUCACCUCACACUGGGACCAGGCUGCUUCAUCAGGAGUCUUCUCCUGUCCCCAGUGUGGACAAAGAGCCCAAACAGGUCAGAGCAGCACAGUACAAAAUAGUGGACUGCAGGAGCUUAUAGAUGAACAUAAGCUCAGUCUGAGGAGCAGAUGUGAGCGUGUUGCUGAAGGAAGUGAUGAAACAGGAAGCGGGACCCUCCUCAACACGAUCUACACUGAGCUGUACAUCACAGAGGGUCAGAGUGAAGACGUGAAUACCCAACAUGAGGUCAGGCAGCUUGACACGACUUCCAAGAUGAAGACCCUCCAUGAGACUUUGAUCAGAUGCCAGGACAUCUUUAAAGCCUCACCUGAACAACAGACCAUCAGAGUCGUUCUGACCAACGGCGUCGCUGGUGUUGGAAAAACCUUCUCAGUGCAGAAGUUCACUCUGGACUGGGCGGAGGGCCUGGAAAACCAGGAUGUCGGUCUGGUGGUUCUGCUGUCGUUCAGGGAGCUGAACUUGAUCAGAGAUGAGCAGCACAGUCUUCUCACGCUGCUCCAUGUUUUCCAUCCAGCAUUACAGAAGCUCACAGCAGAGCAGCUGGCUGUCUGUAAACUUCUGUUCAUCUUUGAUGGCCUGGAUGAAAGCAGACUUUCACUGGAUUUCAAGAACAUUGAGGUUGUGUCUGAUGUCGGACAGAAGUCAUCAGUCAACGUGCUGCUGACAAACCUCAUCGAGGGGAAUCUGCUUCCCUCGGCCCUCGUCUGGAUAACGUCCAGACCCGCAGCGGCCAAUCAGAUCUCUCCUUCACGUGUUGACAGGGUGACAGAAGUACGAGGUUUCACUGACGAGCAGAAGGAGGAGUACUUCAGGAGGAGGUUCAGUGAUGAAGAUCUGUCCAGCAGAAUCAUCUCACACAUCAAGACAUCCAGGAGCCUCCACAUCAUGUGUCAAAUCCCAGUCUUCUGCUGGAUCACGGCUACAGUUCUGGAGGACAUGUUGACUACAGACCAGAGAGGAGAGCUGCCCAAGACCCUGACUGACAUGUACUCACACUUCCUGCUGGUCCAGACAAAGAGGAAGAAGCAGAAGUAUGAUGAAGGACAUGAGACCAGUCCACAGGAGCUGAUGGAGGCUGACAGGGAGGUUCUUCUGAAGCUGGGCAGGCUGGCGUUUGAACAUCUGGAGACAGGAAACAUCAUGUUCUACCAAGAAGACCUGGAGCGAUGUGGUCUGGAUGUCAAGGAGGCCUUGGUGUACUCAGGAGUUUGUACAGAGAUCUUCAGAAGAGAGUGUGUGAUCUUCCAGAAAACAGUCUACUGCUUUGUUCAUCUGAGCAUUCAGGAGUUUCUGGCUGCAGUCUACAUGUUCCACUGUUACACCAACAGGAACACACAGGUUCUGGAGGCUUUCCUGGGGGAUGUCUUCCUGAAGAGAGCCAUGGAGAAAUCUCUUGAAAGUAAAAAUGGUCACUUGGACCUCUUUGUUCGCUUCCUUCAUGGUCUCUCUCUGAGAUCCAACCAGAUACUUUUAGGAGGCCUGCUGGGUCGGACAGACGACAAUCCAGAAGCCAUCCAGAGAGCCAUCAGCAAUCUGAAGGAGAUGAGCAGCGCUUAUGUCCCUCCUGACAGAAGCAUCAACAUCUUCCACUGUCUGAUGGAGAUGAACGACCACUCAGUACAUCAAGAGAUCCAAGAGUUCCUGAAGUCAGAGAACAAAUCCAAGAAGAAGCUCUCGGGGAUCCACUGCUCAGCUCUGGCCUACAUGCUGCAGAUGUCAGAGGAGGUUCUGGAUGAGUUUGACCUGUCGAAGUACAAAACAUCAGAGGAGGGACGACAGAGACUGAUUCCGGUUGUGAGGAACUGCAGAAAGGCUGUGUGA